UUUCUCCAAAACUGGAGGUGAAGUUGUCCUCACAUACUACUCUAUAUAAUUAUAUAAACUUUCUUAAAGAGGAAAUAUGAGUUCAAUAGAACCAAGCACAACACAACUUUUCUAAUUACAAUUUUAUCAGUCAAUAUUAUUAAAGAGGAAAUAUGAGUUCAAUAAGCAAGGGUUGGGCAGUGGCAACAAGUAUUGGAGUAGUGGAAGCUUUGAAGGACCAAGGUGUUUGUAGAUGGAAUUCUGUUUUGAAGUCAAUUCAGCAACACACAAAAAGCAAUCUCAGAUCUUAUUCUCAGGCAAAGAAAAUAUCAGCUCACUAUUCUAACAACAUCUCCAAAGACGAGAAAUUGAAGCAAUCUGAGGAAUCUCUUAAAACUGUCAUGUACUUGAGCUGUUGGGGUCCCAAUAAUUGAGAACCCUCUGAAUUUUUGUAAUAUAGUUUCCUAUCUUUUAGUAAAAUGUUUAUACGGAUUUAAUUUAAA